GUAACUUUCUUUUUGUCAAUCCUCAUUCCUCGACUGAUCACCUUUUCAUUACAUCUCACCUGCCAUCAUCUCUACCCCUCCCUUUAAAUAUAUUUGUCUUCAUCGCUCUAAGGAUCUUUUCUUAAGUUGUUUUUGGCAUGGAGGGUAUGAACAGAAUUGAGCCUCGGAGGAGUCUAGAGGCGUCUCCCUCUCAGUUGACAAGUGUAAAUUACAUAUGGAGUUCUGUGGUGGCAGAGACUACCUCUAAUGAAUGGACAGAUGAAAAGCACAGUUAAUACCUUAAUUCCAUGGAAGCAUCAUUUAUUAACCAGUUAUAUGAUUCUGUGAAUCUUGUUGGCUGGAACUCACAAAAGGAGAAAUUGGAAAGACCAAAAUCAUCAAGGCAAAUACACUGUACCUCUUCUGGCCAGUUUAAAGUUCUUCGAGGUGGUUGCUGGAAGAAGAUCAAUUUCGAAAGACCUGGAUUUCAACCUAAUAAAACUAAUGGCUCUCGUUCUUUUGUGGGAAGCCCUUGCAUCCAGCAGUUCAGAUCUGGAUCUAAGUCAUGUGUCUUAGCCUCCUCUAGUCUUCAAGGCAAUGCUUCAACCAGAGAGGUGUCUGAUCAGAACUUCGUAGAUGAGGAAAAAGGUGAAAAGGCUAGCAAUGAGAAUGUAGCUCCAAGAAGCUGACAUCUUUGGUAACUGUUGCUUCAUGUAAUGAUGAGAUCAAAUUGUUGGCAUUGCCAUUGAUUAAUGAUCACCUCUUUAGUCCUAAGUUUCUGAAUACUUUUUCAUUUUUCUGUUUUUUAGUUUCAUCCUUAAGGCGAAGCCUGCUUUAGCAGAAGUACCUAGCUUAACAUGUAUUGGCACGGCAGCUAGAUAAAGAGCUUCCACCAGUGAAUAUUCAUUUGGAAAAUAGCAGAUGUUUUGUUUAGUUACAUCCUGAUAUAGUAAGCAAACCCAAGGAUACUCUAUAAAUAUUAAAAACUAUUGUGACUUCAUACUUAA